GUUGCAUGGAUACAGGGUGAUACCGCAGAGAGUGGCGGCGAUGAAAGUUAACAUGAUUACAUAUACUUUACCCUAAUCACAAACAGUCGCUUUACUCGUGUCAGCUAGAGGCGGCUAGCUGGUUUAGUUAGUACCAUACCUCCCAGAUAGCAAAGCAACAGCUCGCGGUGUUGAUGUCAGGCAACGGGAGAGACUGAUGGCCAGAAGUGAGACUCUCCUCUUCCACCAUCGCUAUGCAGUUUUUAAUCUGACUGUCCUGGAACCGCUUUCUCCAAGCUUCAUCUCUCGCCUUUUGAGUUCCGGUUAUUUAAUACCGACUGUUUGAAGAAUAAUAUUAUGUUGAUAAACUGAAGCAAGUUCAAAUGUGACAGAUACCUUAAUUAUGGAUGACUUCAAGAGAAUUUACCUUUGCCUUUGUAAAGAAGCUGGUAUUGAGCCACAGGAAUGUAUUCUGAAGCAAUUGCAUGAUGGUUGUAAUGAGAACUUAAGGAAAAGGCUGGAUCUGUCUACACAGUCUCUAUCUGUUGACACAUGUGCUGUCCUGGGAAAAGUUUUCGCAAAUGACAUAGUGUUCACAGAGAUACUUCUCUGUGACUGCAUGCUAAGCGAAGAAGGUGCCAAACUGCUUUUGUAUGGAUUCUGUGCAAACACUACAAUCCAGACUUUAGACAUGAAGGGUAACAAUCUACGAGCGGCUGGAGCUGAAGCACUGGGGAAAUUAUUGCGGCAUAAUAAAUCUCUCAAAAAAAGAGACCACGUUGUGAGCAGUGAGUACAGGAGACUCGAUUUGAGUGAAGUGCAGGUAAACUACCUGGAAGGUAUGUCUGGGGCCUUGGAUAUAAGGAAGGAGGAAGUAAACAGUUUGAUAUUGGAAUGGAACGCCCUUGGAAUGUGGGAAGAAGGAUUUUGUGUAUUCUGUGAGGGAGUAAGAACCAAUAAAUGUCUUAAACGUCUGGACCUACGCAAUAACCAGAUCAACCACCAGGGUGUAGGAGAGCUGGCAUUGGCCUUAAAACACAAUGAUGUACUGGAGGAACUCGACCUUCGUUGGAAUAAUGUUGGCCUCUUAGGCGGUCGAGCAUUACUUUGUGCAUUACAACAAAACAAAACCUUAAUGCGUCUUGAACUGGCUGGAAAUAACAUCCCCAGUGAUUUAUUGAAAGCUAUAGAGCAAGCAGUAAGUCAUAACUCAGACUGUCAAACAACCUUGAGAGAGAGCAGAUCACGUUCAAAAAUCCUCAGCAAUGAGAUCCACUGUUUGAAAGUGGAGAAAAACAAGCAGUUCCUGAAUAUGAUGGGCGUAAUUGAUCAACAGAAGGAGGAAUUGACACGAAGCAGUAGAAAUGCUGCAAUGCAAGUUGGACAGCUACAGGAAGCACUAACUGAGAAGAGUUCUAUCAUCAAUUCUUUGCGAGCAAAAGUGCAAAUGACAGAUGCUGCUUUAACAUUAUCAGAACAAAAGUCAAAUAACCUAAAAGAGCUCUUUGAGAAGACAAAAUUGGAGAAUCUUGCAUUGAAAGAGAGACAUUCAAAGGAGCUUAAGAAAGAGCAAGAGGAAGCAUGUAAUCGAGAAGCAAAGCUGGCUAGGGAGUUAAAUGCAGCAAAUGGAAAAAACAUGGAACUCAAAAACAAGAUGGAUGAAUUGGAGCGACGAUGUAAAGUCCAGCAUGAUCAGAUUUGCCACCUGAAACAAGAAUUGGCCAGUGUGACUGCUGAGAUGAAGCAGAGAAUAGUCCAGACUGAGGAGCGCCUUGAAGUUGAGAAGAAGAGAUUUAAACAACUCCUGGAUGAUUCAGAAGUAUUAAGAAAGAAGGAGGUGGAGCACAUGAACUUACAGAUGCGAGAGAGUGAGCACUGUUUGCAAGACAGAAUUCAGAAACUUGAAAACAUUAGAAUUCAGCUGGAAACAGAGCUGAGCCAUCUAAAGGCAUCUGUUGUAACUCAUCGAGCACUAGCUGAAGAGGAACUGAUAAAAAUGAGGAACCAAAUUCGAAUGGAGGAGCAAGAGUUAUUGGCCAACUUGGAAGAGAAACUUCAUCUUGUUAGCCAGUCACGUGAUGAAUGCCAAAAUCGAUGUACUAUGCAAAAACAAACCAUCAAUGACUUACAAGCAAAAAACAACAAGUUUACUUUUGAAGUUGAAGGUUUAAAGCGCCGUAUUGAAGAACUCACUCAGGAAUUAUCUGGUAAGGAUCAAGAGAAAGUUGCAGAGGUUAAUAUUGUACGGGUAGAACUCCAGGAACAAAUUGGUCAUCUGCAAGCAGAACGAAUAGCACAGGAAGGACUUAAAGAAAAGAUUUCAGCUUUAGAAAGACAACUGAAAGUACAGUCAAGUAAUCACCGAGAUGCCAUGUUGGAUAAGGAGAGCGAAAUUAGCUCUUUAUUGGAAAAAGUCCGACUGAAAGAGAACGAAAUUGUGCGAAUGAAAGAAGAUGAAGCACAACGAGCUAGUUUCCUACACAAUGCGAUCAUUUCCUAUGUACAUAGCUCUCCAUAUGGUGGUCAGUGUACAAAGAAAUGAAACUUUACAGCAAAAUGAAAAGUCGGCAACAAGUAAAGAGAGGCAGAUUUUUUUCCAAAUUUCAGAUUACAAAGUGGUGCAAAAUUGAAGGUGGAAUAAAAAUGAUAGGUUUAGGGAUGAAAGAUUAUGCUUUGAUCUAGGUCAUAUCAAGCUUCAAGAAUGGAAUGAUACUGGCAAAUACAUGAUGCACUGUUUAUAUCCAGAAAAGGGUUUCUAAAUUUGUGAUCUGAACGAGCAGAACUGAAAUUUUGAGAUCACUACUUUAUAAAGUUUGAGAAAAGAAACAGGCCUGAAAAAUUGUCUUCUAGUAUAUUUCUUUUAAUUUAACUAUCAUAACUUAACUAUCAUAAUUGUGAAUAUUUUUGGUAUGGUUUUGUAUGUGUGGUGUGUCUGAAAUUAGUUAGAUUCAAAAGGAUUUUAAACAGCUAGCAGGCUAAAAAAUACUGUGGAUGCUGGAAAUCUGAAACAAAUGGCUAACAUAGUUUGCACACUAUCUCGUUAAUUUUUUUGGAUACCUUGAAUGUUUGAAGGGAGUUACACAUUUAGUUGGGCCUAAUGCUAAGUUUGGCCUCCAUUUGCUAAACUAAACAUAAUUUGAGAGAAUGAGGAUUAUUUGUUCUUGCAUCCCAAAAUCAGAUUCUGAAAUCCAAACUUUUUGAAAUGUACCUAUUAACCGUCACUGAAUUUCACAUGGUGGUGAAGCAUUGGGUUCCAGUCUCAAAAAAGGCAUGUUUUGAUCAUGUCCAAUCUUAACAGAACUGCACCUAGGCCAGUGAUGAGCCUGCUGUGAGAAGGUGGGUUGGCACCUUGAAAUAUUAUUGUGUAUGUUUGUAUUCACUAUUUUAAUUCAGCAUAGAAUGACAGACUGGGUAACUCAAUAGCUAAACCUAAACAAGUAUCUUUAGAUUGGAAUUGUAUUUCCCCACAUACCCCAACUUUUAGAGCCACCAUCCCUGCUUGGACAAUCUGCCACUGCUAGACCCUUCCCUAAAAUGCUUCAGACCUCCCCUACAAGGCCUCCAAUUUUCCACCCUCCCUAACUCUUGGGAACCCCGGGGUGAAUUUACCCUGCUCCAUUGGACUGCACCCUCCCAAAAAGGAAGUCAGUCUGGUCAAUCAGGCUUACUUAUGCAUUGGGAAUUUCAUGAGUGAUGUCAUAUAGAAAUAGGAGUAGACUGUUCAACAACUAAAACCUGCGUUCCCAUUCAAAUGAAUCCUUGUUGAUCUACUACCUCAGCAUCAGUUUUCCACACUCAUCAUAUCCCUCUAAAUUUUUAACAUUUAAACAUGUUGAAAAUUCCCACCCUGAGAUCAUUUAUGCUCUAACGAACUCCUUCCCACUCCAAUCUGCGAGUAGGUCAGUACAGUUAACAUCCAGCCUAUUUGAAACCUUAUGUCUGUUUCUACACAGAUCUUCUGCUAAAAUUUCCUGCAGACUUCAAAUGCCUGUCCUAAAUCUAGAAACUUGCAGAAAACAAGUACAAAAGCCCCACCAUCUGUGGGGUUAAGUGAUUCUCACUGUCUUUUGGCAUGGUGUCUCAUACUAGAGCCUCUUGCAUCUGCAGCAAUUUUCCCAUUAUUAUUCUAAACAGGAAUAUGCCCACUGGAAAAUCAUCCAGUGGAAUGAUGGAUAAGAGUGGUGGAGUUUGAAGCAUUUUGAGCACACUAAAACUGAAUGCUUUUGUUCAAGUGUCAGUCUCAGUCAGAGAAAUAGCAAAGAAAGUCAUUGUAAAAAUCCAAACAGUUCAGUUAUGCCAAGACGAAAUUAACUUUAGGCCAUUGUACAUCUAAAAUUAUGUACUGAAAUUUAUGCUAACACAUUAUUAACACAAGAAGUUCACCUAGCAAAGGAUGGUCAAGGUCAAGGCCUGAGCAGGUAUGUCUCAAGUGAUUGAAGAGAUUUGUGCAGUGAUGCUUGAGCUUAAAACCAGUGUCCACUGUAUGUUGUAGAAGAAGGCCAUUUGGCCCAUUUGUGCCUGCAUUGGCUUGUUAAUUGAGCGUCAUUACCUAGCACCAAUAUCCUGCAUUUUCCUAAUACCCUUGCACAAUAUUUUUCAAUACUUAUUCAAACAAUCAUCCAAUGUCCUAUUAACUGCCUCAAUUGAACCUGCCGCCGCCACCACAUUCACAAGCAGUGCAUUCCAUACCCAAAAGUACUCAGAGUAAAAAAGUUUUUCCUCACUUCAUCCUUGCUUCUUAUGGAGAUCACUUUAAACCCAUGCCCUCUUGUUUGAGAAAUAUUUUCUCCCUACCUAUGAAUUAGUUACACCUAAGUUUUGUUGAGAAAAUAAUGCAAUUUGCCUCUUAAUCUGUUAAUGUACUGAAAUUGUCUUGCACAAUAUUCCUACUGUCUUGAGUGCACAAUUGCCUGAAGUUAACUGUCAUAGGCAGUUGAUAUUUGUGAAAUAAUUCCAGGAUAAUCUGCUGGGACAUCUAUCUGCUGCCUGAAAGCAGAGUCAGAAUUGGGACUAGAGCCAGGUGUAGCCUAGGUCACGACAAGAUUGUUCCCUACAUACAUCAAGUUCUGGGGAAACAGGGGAGGUUAAUGGUUGCAGAGUCAAUGAUGGCCUGAGGGAGGAAAGGAAUGGUUAUAACAGGACAGUCCCAAGGAAUGCAUUCAGGUCCCAAAUGAGUGCACUUGGCCUCUACUCCUUGGUCUGAAGGAAUCCAGGUAAAAAUUAACCUACCAGCCUAGUGUGUCUCAGCAGGUUUCUUUAGAUGUUUACCAUAGUGGACCAACCUGUCACCAGCUGUCCCUUCCACUCUGUCAGUCUUCAUAGUUUCAGUAUAAGUAUCACUGCAGCACCAGUGAUCUAGUCACAUUGUGAAAUCAGUGUUGAAAAUAGCCCUAUGCCAAACUAGUAAGGGCUUCAAAGGUUUGUCGAGAAGGUCUUGAACAUCUUGAUUCUCAAAGUUUGUGAAGGUUGGAUUGUUUUUAAGCCAUUUUCUUUUGGCCUCCAAUUAUAACGUCAAAGUAAGUGACUGUAAUGCUUUCAGUCUGUUCCACCUAGUGGAAGGUGUUUCGGUUGUUAGGUGCUGAUAUUUAUCAUUUAUUCACUCGUGCACUCUCAAGCACCAUGUUGUUGUCUUUGUAUCUCAUAUUAACUAUUGACAUCUUCCUCCUGCUACUCUUUGAUUAGUAUAUCAGGCUUCGAUAGUGUUUCAUCCAAAUGCUUUACUCUUUGGCUCAUGGUAUUGGUGCAAAAUACAUCUUUAUUUCAUAAGCCAUUGCUAAAGAUUUCCUAGGAUUUUGUUGUUCCACUCAAUUCAAACAUUCUUCACAGGUGGUUACAUACCAGCUAUAUUAAUAAGAGUUUCAUUUGGUCUGUUGCACCAAGCUCCUACUUGUUUUACCUUGUAAGAGGGUAUACCUUUGUUAGAUAGAGGUUGCUUUCAAGUUCCUGAGCCCUGUAGGAGUGUCAGUUUUGUGCUCCUUUUGGUAUUGACGUGAUGGCUUGAUAACUGCGCUGUUACAAGAUCUGGACCUCCCAGGUUGGGUACAUUCAGGCUCCUUUUUUUUGGUAACUGGAGGACUAUGGCUUAGAGGAAGAGGCAACGAAAAGUUUAUAAAGUAAGGAUAAGAAUUUAAAGUUGAAGGUGUUAAGAGGUUGGCAAUCUAGGCCAGUUACUGCUGCUUAUCAGUGAAUGGAACUUGGAGGAUAGAACAAAUUUGGAUGAACUGAAGCUCUUAACAGAAGUUGCUUGCAAAAUGGUAUUUAAUUUGUUACUGUAAAAGUCCGAAAAUAUAAAUUCUUGCUGAAUCAUCCUUUCACCUGCCAACUAGAAGGUUGAAUUUAUUUCUUUUAAAAUUAUUAGUUUCUAAUGAAAUUCUAAAAUUAGAUUAUUUCUUGAAAAUGAUCAUGCUCUAGCACUUGUGUCUUGAAAGUCCUCCUUUCCACUAAUCAACCUAAGCAUGCAUGUUGCUCAGGUCUUGCAGUAUGUGGGCGUGAAUGCUUCAAUAUCUGCAGAGUUCCAAAUAGUACUAAACCACUGUAUAGUCAUCAGUGAGCCUACUCACUUUUGACCUUAUGACAGAUGGACAGUCAUUGAUAGAACUACUGAAGGCAGUUGAUCUGUGGACACCACCCUGAGGGACUCUGCAGCAGUGCUUCGGGACUGAAAUGAUUGAUGUUCAUUGACUUCAGUUUUGCUGGGACUCGUUGGUACCACAAAAAUGCUCACUCAACUCUGCUGUUCGUCCAUGCCUGGACCAUACCUGGAAAAGCAAUCAGCACUGGGUGAGAAAAUUAUUGCUCAGUAAAUGCCCCGUGAAGGCACUCUCAGUGUUUACUUGUUGAAGAAUACUGACUGUAUAUUUAAUUGCAAAAGUUUAAAAAUACCAUUUGGAUUAUCUAUACCAAUAUCUAUAUCAGAAUGAAUUGUUCCCUGAUCAAAGAACAAAUAAUUUAAGAUCUGUCUUCAAGGGGGCUUCUUUAAAAAUGAAAAUUGGCAAACAUUAGUAUGCAGCAAGAAUAGCUGGAAUAUAUUUAAUCCUUUUUCAAUCCCAACCACCACCUUCUGCUUUCAUCUUUUUUUCUUCUAUGAACAGCUCCUCGUCUUGUUGGGUUACAGGUAGCUGGAGCCUUCCAGUGCCUUUCCUAUGUACUUUUAUUUGAAAAUUUGGAUACUGUCUAACAAGGAGUCGUUUCCCUCUGGAAAGGAUCACAUUCUGUUUAAUCCUUGUUUCCAUGUACAUUUACAGUUCAAACAGGGACAGAAGGUCUAGCUGAUUUUUAUUUUGACACACACUUCCCUUUUAGCCAGGGCCAAUAAGAGCAUCUCAAAUAAAGUUGACUAUGGUUUGACAAAAAUGGAAUCUACCUAAUUUAUAUACUCUUUUGGGGAGUCUAAAGGAUAUGUUGAGACAUUUGAUACAUCAAGAUAUCAGGUUAAUGUGUAAACUCUUCUUGUAUGGAUUUUUUUAAUAGCAUUUGCUAAUGUUUCAACAUGUAAUUGUUUUCAAAACAUCAGCAGCAGGUAGACUUUUCUUAGGACCUUUCCACCCAUUGUUAUCAAAGAUAAAGACAAUGACAUUAUUAAAGGGAUGACAACCUGUUUUCCAAGCUAUCCUGUAUAUUUACUAAAAUUUGACUAUUUAGUAUUUUGUUUCUAAUGAAUGAACAAAACAUGUUGAUUUGAUGCCUGAAAUGCUUGGUACACAUCAAGACCAGCUUCUUAAGGGCAAGCAUCCAACCUCCAGCAUUGUAUCUCUGAGAGAAUUAUGUGAACACAGCAAAUGGGAGUGUCACAGUGAUGCAGAUGGCAGGAAUUAGAUUGCAUUUAUGAUUUACCAGGCUCAUCAUUUCAAUUUCUAGUUCUGACUUGAAGAAAUGUUGAACAGAAGCUGUCUACUUUGUCACAGACAACCACAAAGCAGCACCAGUGAAAUCACGGGAGCGUUGAUUUUUGGUUCGACAAAAGGAAUAAAAGAAAUAUUCUCACUUUAGGCUAUUUCUAAUUCUUACAAGCAAAAAAGUGUGCAAUUGAGCUAAUUAAACUAAAAAGUGCUGGAAAGGUCUGAAAAUAAAUUCAGAUUUUUUAUUUGAAUUUGUCAUUGAGUGACCUGUGCUGGAAAGUGUGUAGAUAUAUAUAUGCAUUGCUUUUGAAUGCAUCACUUCAUCUACAUUGGGCAAAAAAGGCCUUUUUUACUUGCAUAAUUUUAUUCUGUUUACUCCUGUCACUGAAUAUGCCUACAAGGUAUCCCAGUGGAAUCAACUAAACAUAAUAUUUUAGCAUGUCACCAAGUUCAGGUUUCUUAUCAGCGAUGAAAGUACAUACCUCUUCCCCUGAGAUGAAAUAUGCAGUUAAGUACCAAAACUAGUAAUCUCAUAUCUGUAUGCAUGCGUAAGGAAUUGUGCUGAAGGCCUAAUAUCUAACCAAAGUACAUUUCUGCAUUUAACAAAAUUAGCACAUACUUCUGUUUUGUGAAUACUGUACCAUGAAUACCCGAUUUACUGUCUUUUGCAGCAUGUGCUUCUGAGCAUAAAAAUCAAUAUCUUCAAAUAUUUUGGGUUACAGUGGUUUUUAUAUUUUGCAUGGCACCAGAAUGCUUUUUGCCUGUUACUGCUGAUUCAAAGAGUGCAGACCCUGAUACAAUGGAUUUAGCUGAUUUUUGCUAAAGUUACGUAAUGUAACUAGGUGAAAGUAUCAUCUGACUUUACUUGGGGCCGUUUGCAAAUCAAAACAUUGUGUUGUAUUUCCUUACUCCACACAUUCUGAAUAUAGUUGAGUAAAUGGGAUAUUUUAGCAACGUCUGAAUUCAUUUAGAUCACAAAGCUGUUGUCAUGCUGCUAAUCAGUGCUCUGCAGAAGUAUAUUUUGGCAUUUAAUCAAUCUAGCAUUUGACAGUGUCAUUUGAUACCAGUUUUUUUUUAACUAGUUCCUUGGCCUUCAUGUAUCCAAAGAUUUCCUGUACAAUUUCAAUGGCAGAUGGCAUUAUGAAUUUUUGUUUUAGCGAUUUACUGCACCACAAUGGAGAAUGAGAUUUCAAGCCAGUGGUAUCUGUGGAUUUUAUUACUGCUUUGGUACCUUUAGUAUUAUUAGAAGUUGUCUGCUCUUGUAUAUCUCAUGCUAACUAAUUAAAUUGCUCUAUUGUAUUUUGGAGAGUUUCAACGAUUUGUUUGAGAGUAGUUAUGGACAGAUUACAAAUUGUGGUUGAAAUGUAUUUCCAGACAAGUAGACGUUAACCCUUUACCUUCUUCAGUUUUGUCAUCCUUUACUUGAAGGAAGUUCUGUAUCAUAACAGUGUUGGUAUUCUUGCUUUAAAGCGCUGAUUAAAUUUAAAAAUUUACCUAUAGUUGCCACUUUGUGUACACUUGCAACAAAUGUUCCCUUAUUUAUAAUUUAUCUUGCUCCCACUGAAAUAAUUGUACAGUUAUUCCCAUUUAAAGCAAUCUCUGAUGGUGCAAUUUUUUUUGGUGUGGUUGCUAUACAUGUGUCUACUUUUGAUGGGCAUUUUCAUUCCAUCUGCUCAAUCUGUGUUUUGUAACACACUGCUACUUUUCUUGUCACCUUUCAUGAACGCCCCUACCUCUCUGUCACAGCUUUCUCAACUCCCAUUCAGUCCUUCCUUUGCCUGCUCACACACCCUGUCUCCACUUCGUUUGCUCCUCUUUUUCCUUUUGCCAUACAUCUCUUACCUGACAUCCAUCUUCCUAAUCCCUCCCUCCUUCUCUAUUGCUACCCUGCAUUCACGGCCUUCUUCACGGCAAGAGGGAAACUUGGAGCAACCAGAAGGGUGAGAGGUGAAAGGUAGGAGGAAAACUGCCUGCAGAACGGACUGAGGGAGUUGGGGAGGGAGUGAACAGGGUAGCAAGCAAGGGAUCAAUAACGGGAAGCAGUGACGGUGGGGUAAGUUAGUCAGACUAAAUAAUACUGUAGAGCAUAGUUAGGCCAAUUAGGUCAUGGCAGCCAUUUAGGUAUUUAGUGUAAAAAUUGCAGGUCAAGAAUAUUACUCACCCUUAUUAUGUGGUUUCUUAUGGGAAAAAUUAUUUUUGUUUAUCAUCUCAUUAAUACGCCAUUUCUUGGGAACAACAUUAGUGUUAAUUGAGUUAAAGCUCCUUGCAUAAAGUAAAGUGUGGGGCUGGAUGAACACAGCAGGCCAAGCAGCAUCUU